AUGAGCAGCUCCUUAGAAUGGAUCUCGCGUAGGACUCACCUGGGAAAACCCUUCGGGGAGGAAGGGAACCUGGCUUCCCUGCAGCGGGAAUUGGCACCGUCCCAGCCCUGCCCCCACGCAGAAGUCAGGGCUCCUCCGGCACGGGGCAGCUCCUCGGUGAGGCUGGGGAUAGCUCUGGGAGGCGGAGGCGAGAUCGCGGCUGGAAAAGCAGCAAAGAGCUCCUCGGUCCUCUCCUCUCUCUGCGGCUGCGAUGCUCCAGUGCUCACUCACUCGGUCCCCGGAAGAGGAGCCGAGGCUGGGAGCUGCCGGGCACUGGCAGGAGCCUUUGCCAUGGACAACAGCCAUGGAGGCAGAGACCUGAAUGGUGCCGCGGAAGGAGGGAACCGCGGCGUGACGGGGGAGGGCUCCCCGGCAGCUCUCGGCAAGCAGGAGUCUCCUUUCCCCCUCAUUUUCCAUGUUCCGGCUCACGGUGCCUCUUUUCCUCUUACAGUCACUAAGAGCCCACCGCAGUGGGAGAUUGGCAUCUACGUCACUGGUGCCUUGGUGCUCCUGGGGGUCGCUGCUGCCAACCUCUGGAAGCUGUGGCGCUCUGGCAGCUACCCAGCACCAUCCCCCUUCCCCAACUACGAUUAUCGGUACCUCCAGCAGAAGUAUGGAGCAGCCUAUUCAGAUGCAAAGCACAAGAGAGGGCUGGCCCUGGACUCGCAGCGGGCACUGGACCGGAGCUCAGCCAGCCGCAAGCACAGCCUGCGGGCAGAUGAGACCUUCGACAGCAUCGCCGAGCUGGGCAGCCUGGAGCUGAUGAGCAGAGACUUGGCCCACUACGGCCCCCUGAAGAAAUCCAUCUCGGCAGACUCCCUCAACUCCAUCUCCUCCAUCGGGAACAACUUCGGGCAGGAUUUCACGGUGGGGCAGGUGGAGGUCUCCAUGGAGUAUGACUCGAGGGCAGGCACCCUGCACGUGAGGCUGCUGCAGGGCAAGGACCUGCUGGAGAAGGAGGAAGUUCGCUUCGAGUCCUGCUUUGUGCGCCUCAGCCUGCUCCCGGCCGAGCAGAUCGUUGGCAUCUCCCGGAUCCAGCGGAGCGCCUAUGCCGUGGCCUUUAACGAGCGCUUCUCGGUGCCGCUGCCCCCCGCGGCGCUGGAGGAGCACAGCCUGCGCUUCUCCGCCUUCGGCAUCGACGAGGAUGAGAGGAAAGUCAGCGCCGGCGUGGCCGAGCUCAAGCUCUCCGACCUGGACCUGGCCACACGGCCCUUCAACGCCUGGCUCUACCUGCAGGACAUGAACAAGGCGGUGGACACGGUGGGAGAGAUCCUGCUCUCCCUGAGCUACCUGCCGACGGCCGAGCGCCUGACGGUGGUGGUGGUGAAAGCCAAGAACCUGGUGUGGAGCAAUGGCAAAGUCACCGCAGACCCCUUUGUCAAGGUGUACCUGCUGCAGGAUGGGAGGAAGAUCAGCAAGAAGAAGACAGCAGUGAAGAGGGACGACCCCAACCCUGUGUUCAACGAGGCCAUGAUCUUCUCAGUGCCAGCCAUCGUGCUCCAGGAGCUGUCACUGCGGGUGACGGUGGCCGAGUGCGGCGGGGACGGCCGUGCCGAUCACACCGGGCAUGUGCUGAUCGGGCCGGCGGCCGGCGGCAUGGGCAUCACGCACUGGAACCAGAUGCUGGCCACGCUGCGGAAGCCGAUCUCCAUGUGGCACCCGCUCCGCAGAACCUGA